UCCGUGAGGUUUUACUUUUAUUAAACGGAUUCUUAAUUAUUACUAAACCCCACGUUCUCUAGUUUCCUCUUUCACCUCGGACUCUGAAUCGAGUCUACAAUAAAUCUUUGUUUUUGUUUUCGUUUUCAACAUAAAUUUUCGCAUAUUUUGACCAAGUUCUCUAUUUGCGUCUUUCUCUAUUUCUAACCCAUCGAAGGAUUAGGGUUUUGCUGCACAAAAUUUCGAAUUUCCACCCAAAAAAAAAAACAAUUCCUUCGAUUUUCUCGGCAUCUUCUCAGAAUCACUCUUUGCAAGAUCGUUACUACUUUUCUUUUGAGAAAGUGACAACAAGAUGGAGGACUGGGAGGAUGAGCAGAUUCCACCUAUCCCUACAAAGGAGCAGCCUAAAAAUAACUGGGAUGAUGAAGAUGUGGACGAUGAUGGUGUGAAGGAAUCAUGGGAGGAUGAAGAUGAACCUACACCGGCACCUGAAACUAAACCUCCAGUUGAAAAGGCUCCAAAGAAAGUGAAAGCUGCUGAAAAGAAAGGAAAAACUGUGGAAGUAGUAAAAGAAGAGCCACUAGAUCCUGUAGCUGAGAAACUUCGCCAACAACGGCUGGUGGAAGAAGCAGAUUAUAAAUCUACUAAAGAACUAUUUGGUGAGAGAGGAGAUGAGAAGACUCUUGAUAAUUUUAUUCCCAAAUCAGAAAGUGAUUUCUUGGAAUAUGCCGAGCUCGUAUCAAAUAAGCUGCGACCAUUUGAGAAAAGUUACCAUUAUAUUACCUUACUCAAGGCUGUAAUGAGACUGUCAAUGACUACUUUGAAAGCAGCAGAUGCAAAAGAUGUUGCAUCUUCUGUCUCGGCAAUUGCAAAUGAAAAGCUAAAAGCAGAAAAGGAAGCAAAUGCUGGUAAAAAGAAAGGCCCUAAGAAAAAGCAGCUCCAUGUUGACAAGCCAGAUGAUGAUAUUGCCGUUACUUCCUAUGAUGCUCUUGAUGACUAUGAUUUCAUGUGAGUGUUUUGUUCCAGUCAGAAAUGGGAUUUUGCUUUUAAAACAUUGAAGAAGGGAUAAGUUCCUCCGGCGUCCCCCUCAAAUAUUCACGAGUGUUAUUGCUGUAUUUGUUGAAUAAGAGAUUGUGGCAGAUUGCCUUCCUAUAUUUUAUGUUCAAUUUUGCUAGUUUUGGAUACUAGUAGAUCAACAUUUGUCUGCUUAUACUAUAUGUUGUGUUUGCCUGAGUCAUUGAAAAAUUUGUGACCCUGUCGAAAGUAAAAUUACUAGUUAUUGAGAUUUUUUUAUUUAAGUCCUUCUA